UCUUUUCUAUUUUACCUUUUUUAGAGUGUUGUGGACGCAGCUCUUGAGGAAGCUAAAGCUGGAGCUACUCUUGACGAACAGGUUGAGAUUGCCAUGGACAAACUUUUUGUCGCGUUUGGUUCUGAAAUCCUGAAGGUUGUCGAGGGCAGGGUGUCGACUGAGGUCGACGCGAGGCUCUCUUUCGACAAAGAGAGGCAGAUAGAGAAAGCUCUGAAGUUGAUCUCCAUGUACGAGAAGGCUGGGGUGAGCAAGGAACGGGUUCUCAUCAAGCUUAGCUCCACUUGGGAGGGUAUUCAGGCAGCUAGAGAACUAGAGAGUAAGCAUGGAAUUCACUGCAAUCUUACCCUUCUCUUCUCUUUUGCCCAGGCUGUUGCAUGUGCUGAGGCGGGGGUAACUUUAAUAUCUCCCUUUGUUGGUCGGAUUAUGGAUUAUUAUAAAGCUAAAACAGGACAAACCUACGGUCCUACUGACGACCCCGGAGUUCUGUCUGUGACCAAGAUAUUCAACUACUACAAGCAGCAUGGAUACAAGACUGUUGUUAUGGGAGCUAGCUUCAGAAAUACAGGUGAAGUAUUGGCUCUGGCCGGAUGUGAUCUGCUGACCAUAUCUCCAAGUCUACUGGAGGAACUUGAUAAUUUGAAGGAUCCUGUGCCCGUGAAGUUGAAUGCCGAAGCUGCGAAGAGCCUGGAGGUUCCGAGACUGAACCUUGACGAGGCCGGCUUCCGUUGGCUUCAUAACGAGGACGAGAUGGCUGUUAACAAGCUCAGUGAGGGUAUCAGGAAGUUUGCUGCUGAUGCUGUGGUUCUAGAGAAUAUCAUUAGAGAGAAGCUCCAGUAAAUCUACGAAGAGCUGCAGUACAUAAAACAGAAGCAGCAGUACAUGCAACAGAAGCCUGGACAGAUUUUUCAUUAAAUCCAGUCAAAACCUGUUAUCUGAAAACCAAACAACUAUGCUGCUUCCUGCUGUUUUCAAAUCAGCUGCUCUUGAAAACCUGUUAUCUGAAAACCAAACAACUAUGCUGCUUCGUGUUGUCUUCACAAAAUCUGCUCAAAUAAGAAAAAAUCCAUAAAAGAUAUGUUAACUUCUCUGUUUUCGUUUCUAGACACAUUAUUUAGUUCGGAAAAAAAACAUUUACAAUUUACACUCUUCUAAUUCCUAAUUACAAACAAUGCAUUUAUCUAACUAUAUUUACUCAGACUUGACUUCCUGUGAUUCUAAUACUUACUCAUUCCAGCCAACAAGCGGCCUUUAAAAUAAGUUUUCUUUUUCUAAAAAUUAUAAAAAUUUAACGAAUUAUAUAUUUAUAUUAAAGUUAUAAUUUUCGAAUAUUUAUUACAUUAUGAUAAUUUUCCAAUUGUUAUUUCUUAUAACAGUAUUUCUAAUUUUAUAGGAUCAAAUUUUUAAAAUAUAUGUUUACUUUUCGACCAAA